GUCAACCCGGGCCUCUACUGCGACUGGUCCGUCACCGACGCGGACGUCGCCGAGGUGUGGGCCUACCGAGUCUCCCUCUCCGUCGUCGCCCUCAGCGUCCUCGCGUGCUCGUCCCGGGUGUUCAUAGGGAACGGGGGCUCGGACCCGUCGUGGCUCGACGCCGCGUACUUCACGGGCGCCGCGGGCCUCGGCGUCGCCCUGCGCCUCAUCCACAUGUACGUCGACCCCAUCAAGAAAUUCAUGCAGGCGCUCUACGCGGCGGGCCUCGCGGGAUCCAUCGGGGUGGCGGCGCUCGCCUCCCAAACGGGCGACGGCGGGUCGGUCCCGGCGUAUGUCGUCGCGCAUCCGGCGGCGGUGUGGGCCGUGGGGCCCAUGUUCGCCGCCCUCACGGGCGUCGCGUUCAAGGAAGGGAUGUGCUACGGGAAAGCCGAGUGCGCGGCGCUCUUCUUCGUGGUGCCGGCGACGCUCCUCGCGCACCUCACGGGAUUGGCGAACGAGGAGAUCGAGAAGGGUUUGCUCGGUACGUGGUGCGUACUCAUCGCGGUGUUCGCCGCGAGGAAGUACACGCAGGAGGUGAAGGACGACAUCGGCGAUAAGAGCGUGUUCAUCUUCGCCGACUUACGCGAGGACGAAAAG